AUGGUGCCGCAGGGCCGGCCCAGCGCUGCCGCGGACGGCGUCAUCGGCGGCGGUCGUGGCGUCGGGGAUGACGCGGACGAGGCUGCUGCGCUGGGGGUGGCCGCGUGGGAGGGGCUGCAGGAGCUGUGCAGGUGCCUGGCUGACAGGGACGCCUCGGUCUCAUCAAAGGGCGUCGUGCAGCCGCUGCUGUCCGCGGCGGCGGCUCUGGCCGACCGCCUGCCGCUGCUGCCGCCGCUGCAGCCGGGGCAGGUCCUGCUGCUCCUGGGGGAGGCCGCGGCGACGGCUUCGGCAGAGGGCAGCGGCCGGGGACCCCAGGAGCAGGCGCAGGCUGCCACCAGCAGCACGGGCAGCCCCAGUGACAGCAGCGGCGCCGUGGACGGGAGUGGUGCCCGCACCGCAGAGGAGGCGCUCGGGCCGGGCCUGAGUCGUGGCGAGUGGCACGUGUGGCGCGCGGCGCUGCGGUGCCUGCGUCGGCUGAAGCAGGAGCAGGCGGCCGCGUUAGCAGCGGUGGACGCGCCGGCUGGCGGCGCCGCCAACGGCAGCACGCCCAGCCGGGCGCAGCUGCUGCGGGCGCAGCUGCGCUGCCUGCUGGUGCUCAACGGACUGCUGAGCUGGCGGGAGCUCACGCCCUGCCGCGCCCUCAUCAUCAACGGUGACGGCAGCCCACCAUGCCCACCCAGCCCGGCGGGCGCGCAUGAGCAGGGUGCGCUGGCUGCGCUCGCGCCGCUGGUCGCCUCCGCAUCGUGCCGGGCGCCGCAGGCCGCGCGCGCGCAGCUGCUGCAGGAGGCGCUCCACGCGGCGCGCCUGGCCGCCGCGCCGGGCGGCGCGCUCGGCCUGGCGGCGGCGAUGGUGGCGGCGUGGCACGCAGGCGGUGCCGCCGACGGUGGCGGCGGCGGCGGCAGCGGUGGCGGCGCCGUGCUGGUGGUGGAUGCAGCGCUGUUUUGCAGCGACAGCAGCAGCAGCAGCAGCAGCAGCAGCAGCAGCAGCAGCAGCAGGGAGGGGGAUGGCUGCGAUGUCAGCGCCGCGCUGGAAGGCCUGGCGCACACGCUGCCCGCGCUGUGCACGCUGCCUGCCUGGGCGCCCUCCGCCGACGGCGUCGCCUCCGGCCUGCUGGCCGCCGCGCGGCUGCCGGGCGUGCGGGCGCGUGCGCGGGCGGCGGCGGGGCGGGCGGUGCUGGCGGUGAGGCAGCGGCUGCAGGGGGCGACGUGGGAGGCGGUUGCAUCCGACCUAGCCGGGGCAUGCCCAGCGGAGCAGGCUGCGCAGCCGUGA